GCUUUUAACGCCGAGCUUAUCGACUCGAUUGAAAACUGAAAUGUUGUGUUCGCAUUGAGGAUUUUAAUUGUUUUCAAAAUCGGACGCAAAUAAAAAAUUUUCAUGCAUCAAAAUCUUGAACAUUAAUCUUUUAAAGAGUUAUUGAUCAACCACUUCAAACAGAUAAAACCCUUCAUCGUACAACAAUCAAUCAAUCCUCAUUCGUGAAUUUACACGCAAUCAGUGAGGAUGUUUAAGAUUCUACUGCUUUGCUUCCUGAGCUGGGCUUGUUUCUCUGAUGGCGCCGAUUUCGACCAUCCCGCCAUAUAUCAGUUAACCGAACCAGUCGAUCAUGCCGAAGAACCAACUUGGGACGGCAGGAAGAAUAUUCUAUUCUACGUAGACAUUCACACAGGACGGGUUUACAGCUACAACUACGAAACGACUGAAGUCAAAUUCAUCCAAUUAGAUGGAGAAGUCACUCCGGUGAUUCCUUCGGAGAAUAAUGAUAAUUUGUUGAUUGUUGGUCUAAAUAGGGCUGUUCUCGCUGUAGAAUGGGAUGGCACUAACGAACUGGGCAGACAAAAGGUGCUCUCGGAAGUAUCCCAAGAAUUCCCAACUAGUAGAGUGAAUGAAGGAAAAGCUGACAAACAGGGCCGCUUAUGGAUUGGCACAAUGGGAGUAGAAGACCAAACUACCGGAAUCGUAGAUCCAGACGCUGGAAUCUUCUAUAAAAUCACCAAAGAAACCCUCGAUAAUCCAACCGUGGAAAUUGCGCCUGUUAAUAUCAGCAAUGGCCUGGCUUGGAACGCCGCCAAUGAUAAGUUCUAUUACGUGGAUUCUCUUACACUUGAAAUCGCGGAAUAUGACUAUAACGACGAAUCAGGAACAAUCUCAAACCGUCGAGUUGCUUUUGAUAUGCGCGAUCAUCCAGAAUUAGCUGGGCAUCCAGAUGGGUUGACUAUUGAUGAAGACGACAAUCUAUGGGUAGCCAUAUACAAAGGAGGAGUUGUUUUGAAAAUCAACCCGACUGAAAGGGCUCUUUUACAAGUUUUAGCGCUUCCCGCAAGAGAUAUCACCUCAACUAUGUGGGGCGGACCUAAUCUGGACAUUCUAUUCGUUACCACUUCAAGAAUUUCUCUUACAGAAGAAGAAAGGUUGAUCUACCCAGCUGCUGGCAGUGUUUUUGCUGUUACCAAUCUCAACGCGAAAGGGCGUCCAGUAUUUAACGCCAAUCUUAUUGACUCCAUUUAAUUUUUUUGGGCUUGCUGAUAUUAAAGUCGGUCAAGCUUAAUUAAUUGGGAUCUAUAUUUAUAUGAAUAAAACGGUGUACUGCA